AUGGACCUCUUCUCCCGAAGUGCCCGGUCCAGAGUCUCCUUCACUCUGCCAGACGACAACUCGGAUGAGUCAUCUAUCUCUGAGGAGGACUUUGUGCGCCAAGAAGAAGGUCUUGCCCCGCUGGAACGAAGCAACGCCAGCUUUGGGGCUUCCUCCCACCUGCGCAUGAGCCGAAGAAACCUGGAUGUGGACGAGGAUAUUCUUCAUCGGGCUGCCGCCGAUGCAGGUCUUGGUUCCAUGGGGACUGUGUAUGUCGAAGUUUGGACUCUGAAUAAGGAAGGCACUCAACUUGUCCGUCCCGAAGGUGGAUACUGGAUGGAUCCCAUUUUCCACAACAAGGAGACCGAGUGUGGUUGCUCGGGACUACUGACUUGCAGUGCCUGCCGAGUCUUCGACCCAGAGCAUCCCACGUUUCUUCCCGCAGAUCCUGUAGCCCCAGGUGUUGGUCUCGCAGGCGUCUUGUGGAGUGAGAGUGCCACGGUGGAGGACACGGCAGUGGCAGGGGGUAUCCUCAGGGACACUACCAAACGCAAAGUCGUUUGGCGAGACAUUCGAGCCAUGGCCAACAAUCCUCAUUUGCCGUACGACGAACGCUUGAAAGCCAUUGCAGACUCGGUAGACCAUGGGCUCUUGAAAGAAAUUGGAAAUGAGCAGUACCUGCUUUGUGCUGCCGACCUGUGUGGGGCUGCUUGGUCGCUGCGAGAACCCCGAAGAGCCGCCAUAAAAUCUCGCAAGGCGCUCCGAGACACCGCCAUUCAUCGAGCCAGACUGCAAAUCAUUACUCUGAUUCACUUUGGUGUCAGGUUUGAUAAUCCCGUUCAAAACUCGGACCAAGAACCAUCCAAUCACAACAAUAAUAAUGGCAAAAAGGUCUCGAUUGCAGAGAAGGAAGCGUCUCUGGGAAAGGUGGUCAAGAAGCAACUGGCUCAGGCCAGCAAUGCUGUAACUAUGGUUGCCACCAAGUGCAAAGGAACCGACAAUCGACCCCCUCCGCCCUUUUCCAAUGAACAAGCCGUCUUUUCCUUCUUUGGCAGCUUUGUGCUGCUGACGUUGCCGGCCGGUAUUGGCCACUCGUUGGUGACUAGCUAUGGCAGCGACUACCUGUUGCUGAUGCCACCAUUUGGAGCCUUUAUCUGUCUGCAAUUCGGUUUGACCCAAGCCCCGGCAGCUCAACCAAGGAGCUGUCUCUUGGGACAGCUGCAUUCUGUCAGCAUUGCCUUGAUUAUAUCUGUGAUUCCAUUGCUUCCCGUUUGGUUCAAGCAAGUGUUGGGUACAUCUCUGGCGAUUGGCGCCAUGACUCGUUGCGGAAUCACCCAUCCUCCCGCCGGUGCUUCCGCCUUUUUGUUUUCAUCUGGCACCUAUGGCAUGACUCAUUUCGUGCUCCUCCUGGCGGGUAAUGUCCUGGCCAUUAUUGUUGGUUCCAUCAUCAACAAUACUUCUGAAAAACGGCAGUACCCAACUUACAUUGCCAUGGGCUGCAAUCCAAAGGAUGCCUAUGAGUACUUGAAACGAGAUUAG